CGCGUGCGUGCUGAGGUGCGCGGGAAGGCGCGGCCCGGCCCCGCCAUGGCGGACGAGCUGUACCUGGAGAACAUCGACGAGUUCGUCACCGACCAGAACCGCGUCGUGACAUAUAAAUGGCUGAGCUACACUCUGGGAGUCCAUGUCAAUCAGGCUAAACAGAUGCUGUAUGAUUAUGUGGAGAGGAAACGGAAGGAGAACUCAGGAGCUCAGCUUCAUGUCACCUACUUAGUAGCAGGAAACCUCCUUCAGAAUGGACACAUGUGCCACAAGGUUGCAGUAGUGAGGGAGGAUAAACUGGAAGCAAUGAAGUCUAAGCUGUCCACAAUUGCGAGUGUGCAUGUGUACAGCAUUCAGAAGGCCUUGCUCAAGGACAGCUCCCCACUCUACAACACUGACUAUGACAUUGUCAAAACAAACCUCCACAACUGCAGCAAGUUCAGUGCCAUCCACUGUGACGCCGCAGUCCCCAGGAUGCCGCCUGACAUUCCCAGAGCACAGACGUCCCUGCAGGGCAGUUCCCAGAGGGAAAAUGACACUGGUGCUCCCAGCGCUCCUGCAGUCAAUGGCCACGGGCCGCCGGCUGCCAAACACCCCUCGCAGCAGCACAAAGGGAUCAUGGGAAUGUUUGCAGCCAAAGCCGCUUCCAAACCCCAGGACACAAAUAAGGAGACCAAAGCAGAGGCCUCAGGUGUCUCCACAGCUAGCAGCAAACCACCAACAAAAAACAACAUCAUCAACAACUUCUUUGGGAAAGCUGCUAUGAAUAAACUCAAAGUCAACCCUGUGCCUGAGCAGCCAAAGGAGGAGAAAGAAGUAGUCAAGCCUUCAGUUGCUGUAGCAGAACCAGAGUCAUCCCCUAAUCCUGUAGUAGAGAAACCUGGGAAGAGAACAGAGUCUGCUAGAAUUCAACAAAAGGACAGAAAAAGUAAAACGAAGCAUGUGGACAGGUCAGAUAACGAGGAGGAAAGAGAUCCCGAGAACGCAAAGAGAAAGAGGAAGCGAAUCAAACAACUUCAGUCUGACAGCAGUGAUGAGGAAGCAGAUAUCCCACCACCUCCCACACCUGAGGAAGAGAAAGCUCCAUCUCCACCACCUGUAACUGCUCUGAAAACUGAACUGGAGCCUGCAACCAUGGAGGUGUCAGCUGGAGGGAGGAAGAGGAAGCGGAAGCGUGUGCUGAAAUCCAAGAUGUUUAUUGAUGAAGAAGAAGGCUGCAUGGUGACUGAGAAGGUAUAUGAGAGUGAAUCCUGCACAGACAGCGAGGAGGAGUUCCCCAAGCCCAAGCCACCAGCUGCACACAAACAGCCUGUGCUGCCCAUGAAGAAAGAACCGAAGGAAGAAAGGAAGAGCCUGAAGAAAGGAGCAGCUCCUGCCAACAGAGCCAACAAACAGGUCUCCAUCAUGGGCUUUUUCCACAAGAAAUGAACUGGAUCUUUCUCCUGGUCCUCUUGGCAGCUUGGGAGUGUAGCUCCCUGGUUUUGUGCGUCUCUCUGCAAGCAGCUGCUGCUGCUGGGGGAGGAGGACAAUGUGCAACCCUGGGUUACAUAAGGGAUCCUGCUUACUGUGUAAGGAAGCCCUCUGGACUAGAUUUUGUAUUAGAGAAAAGUUUUUUUAUUUGUUACUGCAAUAACUUCAAUCAUCUUCACUAAGCAGUGUGGGAACUACCAGCCAGAAGCAACAUCUAGAGGAACUCUUGGAAGACUGUUAAUCUGUUCACAUGAAAUUAUAUUUUUUUAUCUGGCCUUUCACCUGUUUGUUGCUAAGUUAGGAGAUGAGAUGUGGCAUUUUUCUCCUCUCUUUUUACGCCCUCAGCUCUCCAGAUUGUUCUGAACAUUCACGUUGGGUAAAAGCCAUAACGUAGCAGGUCUUCAGACACAGGCACAAAUAUUGAACAUCUGCUUCAGCUUUAACUGAAUGAAAUGAAUUUAAUUUCUCCCCUAAGACUGGUAAAUAGUUUUUGCCCUGCCUUUCAUAACCUUUUUUUUGGACAAAAAAAGUGCGUAUAAAACCCUCUUACUCUUUUCUUCCUUGAAUGUAUCCCCUGUAAGCUGCUCAGAUGCCUAAUUAUAGACCAGGACACUGUUGGUGCUCUGGCUUGACAAAAACAGCUUUGAGACUUCCCACCCAAUUGGCUGCAGAGGAAUUGGAGGAAGGCUUUGCUGUUGUUGGGAAAGCAACUGGAUCUUUAACCUUGAAGGCUGAUGAGUGAGAGGGGAGAGUGAUUAGAGGGCACUGCUGGUAACACCAGACAGGCACCUGCUGCAUUUUGGGGUUGGUAGGUUUUGGGUUGCCUGAAGUGGUUUUUACAGGCAUAACCCAGACAAGAGAAGAGUUUUCUGGGACACCUCAUCAUCUACCUGCUGAAGGCAGUGUGUCACAGCACAUAGUCCUGAGGAACCUGGCUAAUGGAGAGGAGUAAAUCACCAUGGACCUGUAAAUCAGAAAGGAGCUGUUGUUUUGGGUGCCUCCUGCUUUUCUGGUGCUUCAGUUGAUAGACAGAUGUAAAAAACCAGAUUUUCCCAAGGGAUUGAUGCUGAGCAUUUCUGAAGCUUGGGCCAGUGAGUGCUCCCAAACCAAUGUCCAACCAGUGUUUGUUUGAGUGGUGUGAGCCUGACAUAUGUAUGGAUAUGGAUGUACACGCUGGUUUGUAAAGGGUUUGUGGUUGGCAGAGAGAUAUAAUCUAGAGACUGUGACGAUGAAACAAAUGCCACCCAGCUAAAAAUGUCCUGACCUGUGGCCAGUAAAAGGGCCAGCUGAGUGUGUUUACAGUCAUUCUGACCUGGAGAUUGGGUUGGGGACUGGGGAAAUCCCAGCACACACCAGUUGUGACCAGUUGGCUGGAUUGAAGUGAUGUCGCCCAAGGCAGUUUGUACCCCCAAGAGGCUUGAGAGGAUCCCCUGCAAACCAGUGGCAUCGCUGGGUUUGUGCCCCUGAGGUGUCCCAGGGAAAGAAAAAACAAAAAGUUAACUAUUAGAAGAAAAACCCACCCUGCUGUAGUGUUUUUGUUUAUCUUGAUAGAGUAGAGGGUGUAUUUUCAAAGGUAACAAUAAGUCAAAAAUCCCAUUAAACAGAGGUAUUUUUUUCUAUUGUCUGUAUUCAUUAAAUGAUUUGUCACAUCCUGGAUUCCAAGGGUCAGCAUGGUAUUUGACUGCAUGGAAAUCAAAGAUGUUUCCCUGGUGAAGUGUAUAAAGAGUUCUUCCAUCAAAACUGGGAGCUUUGAACUGAGCAUUGUAGGGCAUCUGAAACCUCAAAAUAGCAGGAUUUGUAUUGCAUUUGGACCCCUAGAGUCCUAUUCCCGUGGCAGAUGUUGACAGGACAUGGUGUCCCAGUGCUCUUGGUCCUCAUCUCUGCCGUGGUCUCCCUGGAGCUCCCUGCUCCACCCCUAUAUUCCCUCUAUAACCAGAUCAACGUCACACGCCACUUCCUCAGGAAAAUGACUUAAUGUCUGAAGGAGCAGGACCUGGGCAAACUUCAGACUUCUAAAAAUUAUGAUCUAAUACUCCCCACUCCCACACUCUGUGGUCUGCCAGCCCCAGGGGGGCCUCAGGUCCCUGGAUGCCCCCUCAGCCGAGGCUGAAAGUGUCCCCAGACACUGCCUGGGAGCAAGAAGUUGGAACUGGUUAGAGGGAGAAGGCUCCUUUGUGGGUGGAUGUCAUCCAUUUGUCACCUGGGGGCUGGCAGGGGGUUAAAUGUCCAGGAGUCAGGCUCUGGCUCUUGGAGCAGGGAGCACAUCUCCUACCUCGGGACGUGGUAUUGGAGGGGCUCAGGGUCCAAAACCUCCUGGAGAUGCAGAGGUCUUUAUAUUUGUGUAUGUGUGAUUUAUAGCUGGAGAUCCAUGUCCAAGGGGCAUCUCCUCUCCUCUUCCCCCUGGAUCUCCCUUCCCACCACAUUUACACCCCUGGAAGAGCCUCAGAAGAGGCAGUGGGAGAGGGUAUUUGUUCAUGUAUUAAAUAA